GAGGGUGGGUGUCAGUCAUUGCUUCGAGAAGUUUUUAUGGAGCACCUCCUACGGGAACACAGCGGGAGGUUCCAUUCUCAGGAGGGAAUGGUCAGUAAACAAGCAGACGUCCUGCAAAAUAGAAUUUCAAGUAGAGCAAGAUAAAAUGCUGUGUAGAGAAAUCGACAAGAUGAGGGGACAGAGAGUACCAGUGCCACUGGGAUGCUAUUUGCAGGACCCAAGCCCACUUGCGGCAGCCCAGUGCCCGGCCAUGACCGUCACCUACUCAAGCCAAGUGGCGAAUGCCCGCUUGGGCUCCUUCUCCCGCCUCCUGCUGUGCUGGCGAGGCAGCAUCUACAAGCUGCUCUAUGGAGAGUUCCUCAUCUUCCUGCUCAGCUACUACACCAUCCGCCUCGUCUACAGGAUGGCCCUCACGGAGGAACAGCAGGUGAUGUUUGAGAAACUGACUCUGUAUUGUGACAGCUACAUCCAGCUCAUCCCCAUUUCCUUCGUGCUGGGAUUCUACGUGACGCUGGUCGUGACCCGCUGGUGGAACCAGUACGAGAACCUGCCGUGGCCCGACCGCCUUAUGAACCUGGUGUCAGGCUUGGUGGAGGGCAAGGACGAGCAAGGCCGGCUGCUGCGGCGCACGCUCAUCCGCUACGCCAACCUGGGCAACGUGCUCAUCUUGCGCAGCGUCAGCGCCGCGGUCUACAAGCGCUUUCCCAGUUCCCAGCACCUGGUGAAAGCAGGCUUUAUGACCCCCGCGGAACGCACGCACUUGGAAAAGUUGAGCUUGCCGCACAACACGUUCUGGGUGCCCUGGGUGUGGUUUGCCAACCUGUCAAUGAAGGCGUGGAUUGGAGGUCGAAUCCGGGACCCUGUCCUGCUCCAGAGCCUGCUGGAUGAGAUGAACAUCUUGCGUACUCAGUGUGGACACCUGUUUGCCUACGACUGGAUCAGUAUCCCGCUGGUGUACACGCAGGUGGUGACCGUGGCUGUAUACAGCUUCUUCCUGGCUUGCCUGGUUGGGCGGCAGUUCCUGAACCCAGCCAAGGCCUACCCUGGCCACGAGCUGGACCUUGUUGUACCCGUCUUCACGUUCCUGCAGUUUUUCUUCUAUGCCGGCUGGCUGAAGGUGGCAGAGCAGCUCAUCAACCCAUUUGGAGAGGAUGAUGACGACUUUGAGACCAACUGGAUUGUUGACAGGAGCCUGCAGGUGUCCCUGUUGGCUGUGGACGAGAUGCACCAGGACUUGCCCCCGAUGGAGCGGGAUAUGUACUGGAACGAGCCAGAACCACAACCCCCCUACACAGCGGCUUCCGCCCAGUCUCGGCGAGCCUCCUUUUUAGGUUCCACCUUCAACAUCAGUCUGCAUAAGGAAGACAUGGAGUUUCAGUCAAACCCAGAGGAGGAAGAGGAGGGCACUCACACUGGCAUCAUUGGCCGCUUCCUAGGGCUACAGUCCCAUGACUACCAUCCCCCCAGGACAAACUCAAAGACCAAACUACUGUGGCCCAAGAAAGAAGGCCUUCUUCAUGACGGCCAGCUCAGGAAACUUGGGGGUGCCAGGCAGAACUCUAGGGACCAGGAAGAGAGCAAGGCCUGGAAGAUUAAGGAGGAGGAUGCUUUCAAGACUGCUGCACUGUAUGGGAGGUCAGGCUACCACAGUGCCCCACAGACACCCCUCAGCCACACACCAAUGGUCUUUCCACCUGGACAGUCAGCACCCUCAAGCCUUCGCAGAAUCUCAGGUAUAGACGGCGCUGUUAAAGACCAAAGUCUACAGCCCGUGACUCCUGGGACAAAGACCAGUUUUGAAUUGCUCCCAGAGAGUGCUGGGCCCUCCGUAGAGCACCCAGAAUCUGGUCACACGAAGAGGAAAACUGUUGAGUUUAACCUGACGGACAUGUCAGAGACCACUGAACAUCGUCUCAGAGAAUCACAUUUGGACCAGUCAACUAACAUACACACUAUACUCAAAGGUCAUGAAGAUCCAUAUUGGGCCUUGGAAAACAGGGAUGAAGCACAUUCUUAGCCUGUUUCCCAAGGAGAGACGCCUCACCAGCCUGGUCCUACCUGCACGUACACCAGCCGGACACUGACCCAGUCACAGUCAUGCAACUGUCCACACUGAAGAAUGUGUUCACAGGACAGCCAGAAUUGAACAGCUUAAUGGACAACAAAAUCCAUAGUUUCAGGACUACUUAAGCCUUUAAAUGCCCUUUGUACAUAAAAAUUAUGAAAGCUGGAAUGAACCACUGGAAACAUGUAAUUCAAAACAUCCAAUUCAGAAUCUGAGUCAAAUACUGUCUGAAUUCAGCACACCCAGCCCUGGUAUCUUUUCCAAACUUCUAAUAA